AUGGCGCUGCCUGCGGCCCAGAUGGCCCAAACUAGAGCUGGGGUCGAUCUUAGGUUUUUGCAAGUGUAGCCGCCGCCGCCGCGCCACCCCCCCUUCCCCCUGCAAUCAGAGAUCGGAGAAGGCUCCAUGGAAUUUCGGCCGGGAAAGGAGCGAUAAGGCUCCGUUUAUUUGCCGCGUGUGAUUUUGGGGAUCAGCAGCUGCCUGCCCAACACUAAGCAGGGAGGAGAUUAGGAGAAGGAACCGAGGCAGUCCUUUUUUUUUCAUGGGAUUCUGUUGACCAAAUAAAUUAUAUGACUGGAUUCAUAGAAGUAGCAGAGUCAACGUCCCAAUCGCAAGCGGAGCCGGUUUUUGCACCGGCGUAUUGUUUUAGUUUGGAAUAAUAAUCGGCGAGUUCGUCUUGUUCGAGUCGGAUUAGUAACCCCUCCGUUUCGGAUUAGGAGGGGGUGCAGUGCUGCAAGCGGAGCAGCUUAUAUAAACGAUAGCAGGAUAGAGGCGUCAGGAAGUCGGCUCAUCUUGCUUCGGAUUAGGAGGGGUGCUGCUGCUGCACGCGGAGCAGCUCAUAUAGAUAAGAACAGAACAGAGGAGUAAUCGUCAAGAGUAGUCACCUCUUCGAUUCCAAGGUGCUCGCAAAAGCCUUGUUGGAUUUAACCCAUGGAGUCGAAUCAUCAUAGUAAUAAUGAUAACAGUCAACUGGAGGAUGAAGAUAGGCUCAGCAUGCUGACUGACGAUAUUUUACUGUCUAUCUUGGGGAAAGUCGGUGUACGAAUGUCUGCAAGGACAAGCGUGCUCUCUACACGGUGGAGGCAUCUGCCUUGGUUACUACCUGAGCUCAGCAUCGAUGUCAAAGAUUUCUUGUCUGAUCCAGACUCUGACCCUAUUGAGGCCAAUGAUAUGGAGGAAGCUAUGGUGUCUUUAACCAAAGCAACCAGGAGUUUUUUGGCUAAAUCAAGAAAAGGAUCCACCAUUUCGAGGCUCCACCUUCAGCUCUACUUGAUCAACACUUUCUUGUGCGACGUUGGCCCACUGGUUGGAGAUGCAAUCGACGGUGGUUUGUUGAAAGAUUUGGAUCUCGCCGUUAUUGAUGAGACAGAUCCUAUCGACUGCAGUGAGGAGGAUAUGCUGCAGCGAGCUCAAGAAAUAGAGGGUUUUUUCAAUGCCUGCCCUAGUGUGCUCCAUUGCCUCACAAAGCUCUCUCUCUACCAUGUAAGCUUUGACAAAUCAGACAUGCACCAUGUCCUGUUUGAGUGCUGCAAGCAUCUGAAACAUCUAAGCCUCACCCAAUGUGAUACUGGUCCUAAAGCGUUAUUUAAGAUUGAUGCCCCAAACUCAAAAAUCACUGUCCUAGAACUGGACAAAUGUCGGUUUGAGAGACUUGAGUUGGUCUGCCUUCCGAAAUUGGAGAAGCUCAAAUGGUUUACUUGGGUAUCUCGGUUUGCCCCCUUGGCAUUUGGUUUUGUCCCAUCUAUUGGGGAAUUAGAACUCACAAGUGCUGCUACAUUUAGUCAGAGAUCAUUUAAAUUGAGCGAGCUUCUACGUGGAAUCACAGGCAUACAUACUCUCAAAUUGGGAUUCGAAGGAGAAAACGUUUGGAUGCAACCUGAAAUGAAGCAACUCUGCACCGCAUUCAACAAGCUAAGGAAGCUCUCAGUGUGUGGUAUCUUUGUUGAAUUUGACAUUUUAUGGGUGAUGGCCUUUCUUGCAGCAGCACCCUCUAUUGAGAUAUUACAUAUCGAGGUAUGGGAUCAUGCAUGCGAUCCGGUUGAUGAGGAAACACGGCGUUCCUUCCAUGAAAGGAGGAAUCCUCAGUGGGAUAUGCAGUUUGAUGAGACCAAGAAUUGUCUUUUGAAAGUGCUAGAGUUUGUUGGAUUUAAGUUGCUGGAACAAUGUGCAUCGCCAUUCGAAUAUCCUUACUUUCAUGCGCAGCAUGUAUAUAGUAAGUGGCAAUCGAAUACCCAGUUCUUUGCGUACUCAGUCUUCAUUAUCUAGUGCCGGGUUCCCUGGAGCAGCAGGGGCAGAAGGGGCCGGAUCAGCAGCGGCAGCAGGGGCCGGAACAGCAGGGGCAGCAGGGGCCGGAUCAGCAGCGGCAGCAGGGGCCGGAACAGCAGCGGCAGCAGGGGCCGGAACAGCAGCGACAGCGUCUGGAGCAAGAGCAGCGUCUGGAGUAUCUUCAGAUGAAAGAGCCUCUUCCUCCAGCGUCUUGUAAGCCCUCUCCAGGGCAAGAAGCUCUCGUUCAGCUUCUAGAGCUAUUGCGUCUUCCUCCAGUGCAGAAUCGUACCCCAGUUGCAUGAGGUUCUCGACGCGCUGAACUUUUGUCUGGAAACGACGAUUGAACAA